AUGGAUUGUUGCAACGCCCUUAAAAGACCUUACUUAGAUGCAAAAUAUUCAUGCUGGGGAAUAACUCAGUGUCAGUAUGAUGGGAAAAAAUGCCUGAUAAUUCGAGAAACUCCGACGGAGGAGCUUUUGAAAGACUUAGCUGCUAUUGAGGAUGCUGACAUUUUAAUAGUACAAAAGUCCAAAAUACAGCAAUUGGAACAGCUGUUAAUAAAAUUUAAAUGCAUGAAAAUGUUGGUUAUCAAUGAAAUGUCUCUUAAUGCAUUGCCUCAUUGCAUUUGUUCUUUUAACCACCUUUCACUGCUAGAUGUCUCUAACAAUCAUUUAUCCAGUUUGCCAGACGAAAUUAUUCAGUUGACAUCACUGACAGUGUUAGACAUUUCAAAAAAUCUACUCAGCAACAUAGAUGCUAUAUGUGGUUUAUCGCGUCUUCAAUCUCUUGAUGUAACUGAGAACAAGUUAGAAGAGCUCCCUCGGUCUCUAUGGAAACUCGAAGGUCUACAGACUUUUUCCUGCUCACUCAAUCAACUUGUUUGUCUGCCAGAGGAAAUCGGAUGCCUGAAAUACCUCAUCAUACUUCGACUUAAUAACAAUAAGCUUUCAUCUAUCCCCCGGUCAUUUUCAAAUUUGACUGGCCUAUUGCUUCUACAACUUGAUGGGAACUGUUUCGACCAUAUUCCUUCUCAGCUUUUUAGUUGCACUUCAUUGUUGGAGUUAAGCCUGGCUCACAACAAAAUUGAAGGCAAUAUUCCUUCUAGAAUAAGCUCCCUGGUUGCUUUGCGUACUUUGAAUUUAGCAUGUAAUAAAAUAUUAGACUUCCCAGUCGAACUGGAGCAACUACAAUCUUUGGAGUACCUAAACGUCAGUGACAAUCCAGUUAAAAAGUUCUCACUCCCUUUAGGAAAACUUAAUCGAAUUCAAGAAUUCUCUGCUUCCGGAUGUGGAUUAGCGUUUGUUCCAGAUGAUCUUGGUUUGUGCUCCAAUCUUAUUAUUCUUGAUUUAAGUGAAAACAAGAUAGAAAGACUGGCUAAUGAGAGCCUUAGUUUCCCACAGCUUACCUCUCUGUGUUUAGCAUAUAACAUUAUUUCCAGCCUGCCGGUUUCCAUCUGUGAUCUGAAGAAUUUAGUCGUUUUGGAGCUACAAUUUAAUAGAUUGAAUUCACUCCCAGAUGAGUUUGGGGAGCUUUCAUGCACUCUUCGUCAGCUAGACCUGGGACACAAUGUAUUUGAAGUGAUUCCCAUGUCUGUGUUCCACAUCAAAAGUCGUUUAUCUUACCUAUGUCUCGAUUCCAAUCCAAUCUUGGAAGUUCCGGAUGAGAUAGGUAAUUUGAAAGAACUAACUCAUUUGUCUGUGUCCGACUGCAGUCGACUGGUGAGUUUACCCGAGGGUAUAGGACUAUGUUCAAAUCUUCGUAUGCUUAAAGUUUCUAAGAACAAGUUGUCAUUGCUUCCAAAGUCUUUGGCUAAGUUGCAGUCUCUAAAAUAUUUGGAUCUCUCAAACAAUGAUUUUGAAUAUUUUCCCCUGGUUGUCUGCUUCAUACCAAGGCUUCGUGUGCUUCUUUAUGAUCAGAAAGAAGGAAGACCUUUAUUACCUGCUAAGAUUCCCGACGGCUGGUAUCAUAAAAGCUUGGCUUUAUAUCCUGAGGCAAAUAACUACGAGCUAGAAUAUAUUGGAAAGUCGUACAAAACUAUAGACACCUCAGUAGAAGACAUUUUGUCAAAAACACGUACAAGUGAAGGUUUACCCUAUCUGAUUGGAAAUCUUGUACACCUGGUUCACUUAUCUCUUCAGCAUAAUGGACUGUUUGCAUUACCCGAUGUAUUUCACAACAUGAAGUUACAACGAUUAAACCUGAGCUUUAAUCGUUUACGUUUCCUUCCUCCCAACUUCCAUAAGUCUAAGCAUCUAACUCACUUAUACCUGCACAACAACAAUAUUGAUCAACUUGACCAAAACUUUCAGAAUCUGAAAACUUUGCGCAUUUUGACCCUCCGAAGUAAUCCUCUUUUGUGUCCUCCUAUGGAUGUUGGAUCUGAUAAAGCUGUUUUCCCAGUGUUUUUCUACUUAAAGCAGCAAAAUUUAUAUGAAGCUUAUAUUUUGAAGUCUCUGUGUGAAAUAGUGAUAAACAACUUACCGAAAGAACAUACCCAUAAUUUUCUACGUAAAAUUGGAUUUUCGGAUAUAUUGAUAGAAUCCUUGGAAAAACAAUUUCCUGGUGGUUAUAAUCAUGUGAAACGUUUAAAAAUAGCCAUGGCAGCAUGGUCAGGAUUUCCUUUCGAUUCUGAAGGUUUACAUUCAAAUGAAAGUCUAACAGAAUCAUAUUCUAUUCAACAAGCAAAUUAUAGUAAAAAUCUUAUUCAACCUGUUAAAGUCACUGAAUCCGAUAAAGAUUUAUCCCCUGGAUUAUUUCAGCAUAAAAAAUCUCUUUUCCCAAGUAGUAAAUUAUUCAAAGAAGUGCAUUUCGAUCCACCUCCAAGUCCAUAUCGUCUUCUAAAUAUUGUACAGUUGAUUGGUUUAGAAGAUUUACAUUCAAAGUUGAUGGAAUACUAUUUGAAGACUCAACAGUUGAGAUUUUAAACAACUCACUUAAACAACCAUUAGUAUAUGAUUAAUUGCUAUUAGUCACCAUUAUUCUAUUACACCUU